CAGGAAGUUUGUCUCAGUUGUGUCGCCUACUUUCCCUCCACGCCGUAUUUGAUUCUAAGUAGAACAUUCUGAGAAAAGAAGCUGAUUGAAAACAGCCUGAAAUAACCACUGAAGGAUUGUUGAUCUCUGCCAUGAGAGCACCAUGGCUCUGAAGUGUUUAACAGCUGCUUUGGUUUUCAUCUCUCUAUCUCAGGUGUCAUGUCUGUACAUUGCAAACAGAUCCUUUCUGAGCUGCGACCAAAUGGUGCCAUGUGAGAUUCAAAUAAAUAACUGUAUAUAUAAAGACUGGCUGAAACCACAGGCUCUUACUCCGACCAGUCCAGUGGAUCUGAACGUUCACGUCAACGUCACACCGGAUGAGAACGGAGACUUGGUGCCUGUAAUUGUGGCAGAAUGGAAAGCAAGGGAUGAUGGGAGCAUUGUACAGUUGAUGGGAACCGAGAUUUUAGUGACAACGCAGGGUACCGGUGAACACUUCUGUGUCCAUUACAUAUUUCGUGAGAAAAUCACUACAAUGAGAAAUCAAUUUGGUGAACAGUGGUCUUUUUCUCUGGACAAAGUGGUUGUUGAGCCGGGCAAGACAUAUCUGGUGUCAGUCUCCAACCUCCCCAAGCCAAACGUAGACUACACCAGUUACAACAUCAACAAAACUAUCAAAGUCCCAGGUUGUAAAAGUCCUGAUAUGCGGUCGACACAAAUCUGUAUUGAAAGAGGAGAAAACUGGAAUCCCAACAUUUCCAUGAUGAGGUCAGGGCCUCAGAACAGUACACUUUUUGUUACCUUUAACACCGAUGAGCAUUCUGAGCGUUACAAUGUCCAUGUGAUUUGCAAUCGAGACAAAAAAACCAAAAAUCUCAGUAAGGAAAACAGAUCAUCCCUAAAUGUCACAUUUGACCUUGAAGCUUGGCCACACACAUGCUGCAGUUUCACAGUGCAGCUCCAGCCCUUCUUUAACUGUGGAAAUGACUGCUUACGGAAGGAAAAGAGUUUUAAUAUCUGUCCAGACCCAGUUCAACCAUGUAAAGCUGGAGUUAAUUUGUGGAUGGUUUUUACUGGGUUGUUUGUCAUAUUCUGUGGUCUUUGUGCCAUUUGUACCAUUUGUUUGUGCUACAGGAAGCAGAAGAAGGGUCCAGCAAUAACCCUGCCUGAGGACCCCACUUCAGAUCCUCCAGAAGCUGAGCAUUCCGUGCUGAUCAUAUACUCAAGAGACCACCCAAAAUAUACUGAUAUAGUGCUGAAGCUCUGUGCCUUCUUGAGAGCCAAAUGCGGUACCGAGGUGUACUUGGACCUCCUGGACACGGCCUCUGUUGGAGCCAUGGGCCGCUUGCAGUGGACGGAAUUACAAAAGCGUCGUAUAGAGCAAUCCUCUGACAAAGUCCUGGUCCUCUGCUCACGAGGAGUGCAGGCCAAGUGGGGGGCCAUGUGUGGUGGACCUCGAGUCCUCUUACGUGAGGAUGUUUGCUCACCAAUGGGGGACAUGCUGACACUCGCCCUGCAGCUCAUUACACCCGACAUGCAGCGGCCCGCCUCUUAUGGAAAGUACUUGGUCGCAUAUUUUGAGGAUAUCGGUGGCGAAUGUGAUGUGCCCUCGAUGUUUGACGUGGCGGUCAAGUACAAGCUAAUGAAGCACUUUGAAGAGCUCUUCUUUCGGAUCCUGGAUCUGGAGAAAUAUCAGAAGGGGAAGGUGCACACAAUUAAGGGCAUUGGCAUCGAUGACUAUAUCAACUGCCCUUCAGGCAAAGCUUUGAGGGAUGCUAUUGAAACCUUCCAGGCUUACCAGUUAGAGAAUCCGGACUGGUUUGAUAAGGAGUGCUUAGACAGUGAAGAUGAGGUUCCAGUCGCCGAGAGCAGCCCUUUUCUUAAAGAUUGUCCAACACCGGUUCUUCAGUGUGAGCCUGUGCUCAACAUUGGACCCUCUGUAUGCGAGUGCGAGGUGGAAAUACACCAUGUGGACCAGACCCAUAGUGUAUGGUCCACGGAAAUACCACAUCUUAACGUGGACUUUGAGGAGACUUCUGUUCUAGAUAUCCAACCAGCACACCAGGUAUAUUCCCUCCAUCCAGACGUAGAACCCCCACUUGGUAUCCACAAAAAUGGGGUAUGCCAAGCAGAUUCAGAGAACCAUCCCUGCCUUUUAGUUGAACCUGCACUACGGGAACCUUUACCAUCAAGUAGGAACGAGGUAUUUGUGAACAGAGGGCCACCUCCAGAGGUAUCUCCUCCCAUUGAUAAAGAAGAGGCCCUAAAUAAACUACUGAACCUCCAGGUCUCCCUGAUAUCUGUUGAUAUUACAGCUCCUCCACCCUCAGUGGAUGAUCAGUUCCAGACAUCUUGGGAUAUGCACCCAUCCCAGCCAAUGGAAAUGGAUGAGAGUCAGGUGGAAGAAGCUUCAGGAAAGAGACAAUCUAGAUGGUCAGAUCAAGGAUACAGUUCAAGAGACUCUAUGGUAAGGGAAGAGCCUCCUCCAUCCUCUCUUGCUGCACUGGCCAAAUUGCAGGAAGCCCUAUACCUAAACAGUCCCAUCUCGUCUGGUUUCUGCACAGAGACGAUGGAGAGUUGAGAUUAUUAUGGUACGCUACGGCAAAGAGACUUCCAAUACAACCUACAUACAAACCGUUUCUUGUGAAAAAGCCACGAAUUGCAUUUGUCCUGGUCAGGGUGGAGGUGCAGCUGUAGCCUCACCCAAGAACACUAGGCGUGAACCAGGAAUGCACCCGAAUGGGAUUCCAGUAUAUUGCAGAGUGCCAUGUGUACACACACCUUCACAAUUAUGGGCAAAAUAAAGAACCAAUCCACCUACUACUGUAGGUUUCACUUUUUAAACCUCAACAAGAAACCAGCGAAAAGCCACAUAUUUUGUAAGAGAUGUUUUUUAUUAUUUUCUUAUGUACAAGUGACAAUUAUCUGAAACCUGUGAACUGUUGUUUGCUUGAUAACAACAAAAAAAAAAUCAACAUUUUUAGUGACACAUUUUAACAGACAUAUUGACAUCUGCCCAGUAAUUUCCAUUUAAACAGGUUUUACAUUUAAUAUUGCACAUAACCUUUUUGGUUAAAAUGGGUUUUCUUCAUCACAGGGAAUCUACAAGCUGUAAUUUACAAUAUACUGAUUUCUUUACCAUUGCAUGCAUUGCACUAUAAACAACUUUUCAUGUAAAAACAAAUACCGGUACAUGUACGAAGAUUAUUCGUUUCUCAGUCUUCUCACAAGUAGAUUUUUAUAAUCAGAUUAAUGGAUCUCCAUCAGAUGGGGCUUUAAAUGUAAUACUAUAUUUAUUAUUAACUGCAAAUGAAAAUAAAAACUGCAUUCUUUGGU